UCUCUCUCUCCUUUGCACGCGGUGCAGGAAGCCGGUAGGCCUGAGCAGCUCGUGCUGAAUAAUGCCGGGAAAACUCCGCAGCGAGUCCAGGUUGGGAUCAGACGCGGCCGAGGAGAGCAUGGAGAAGCUGCCGAAGUCAAGCGACAAGAAGACUAAAAAAGAAAAGACAAAAUCCAAGACCGAAGAAGCAACAGACAGAACAGAAGAAGCUGUUUCCUCCAAAGCCAAAUCAGUUAAAAAGAAAGGGCCUGCAGAAGAUGAUGUGGAUCCCCCUAAGCCCAAGAAGACCAAAAAGCAAGAGGAGGCACCCCAGGACGACACUGCUUCUAAAAGCAAGACCUCCAAGAAGAAAAAGGAGGCCCUUGACAAGAAAUCGGCCUCUGCUAAAACCAAAGAAAUAAAAACUGAGGAACCUUCAGAGGAAGACGCAGAUGUUCCUAAGCCCAAGAAGAUGAAGAAAGGGAAGGAAGCAAAUGGAGACAUUGGAGAGAAAAGCCCCAACCUGAAGAAUGGAUUCUCUCAUCCGGAGUCGAGUGACGCUACUGGCGAAGACAGCAGUGAGACAGAGAAGGAAAUACCUGUGGAACAGAAAGAAGGCGCUUUCUCUAAUUUCCCCAUUUCUGAAGAGACUAUCAAGCUUCUCAAAGCUCGUGGGGUGAAUUACCUGUUUCCUGUACAAGCCAAGACAUUCCACCAUGUGUACAGUGGGAAAGACUUAAUUGCCCAGGCACGGACAGGAACUGGGAAGACAUUCUCCUUUGCCAUCCCUUUGAUUGAGAAGCUUCAGAGUGGGCUACAAGAGAGGAAGAGAGGCCGUGCUCCUCAGGUGCUAGUUCUCGCACCUACAAGAGAAUUAGCAAAUCAAGUGAGCAAAGACUUCAGUGACAUCACAAAAAAGUUAUCGGUGGCUUGCUUUUAUGGUGGAACUCCCUAUGGUGGUCAAAUCGAGCGAAUGCGGAGUGGGAUUGAUAUCCUGGUUGGGACCCCGGGUCGUAUUAAAGACCACCUGCAGAAUGGAAAGCUGGAUCUCACCAAACUUAAACAUGUUGUCCUGGAUGAAGUUGACCAGAUGUUGGAUAUGGGUUUUGCUGAUCAAGUAGAAGAAAUUUUAUGUGUGGCAUACAAGAAAGAUUCUGAAGACAACCCCCAAACAUUGCUUUUCUCUGCAACUUGCCCUCAUUGGGUAUUUAAUGUUGCUAAGAAAUACAUGAAAUCUACAUACGAACAGGUGGACCUGAUUGGUAAAAAGACUCAGAAAGCAGCCAUAACUGUGGAGCACCUGGCGAUUAAGUGCCACUGGAGUGAGAGGGCAGCGGUCAUUGGGGAUGUGAUCCGAGUGUACAGUGGUCAUCAGGGACGCACUAUCAUCUUCUGUGAAACCAAGAGAGAAGCCCAGGAACUGUCACAGAAUUCAUGCAUAAAGCAGGAUGCCCAGUCAUUGCACGGCGACAUUCCACAGAAGCAAAGGGAAAUCACCCUGAAAGGUUUUCGAAACGGCAGUUUUGGCGUUUUGGUGGCGACCAAUGUCGCUGCACGUGGCUUAGACAUCCCUGAGGUCGACCUGGUUGUCCAAAGCUGCCCGCCGAAGGAUGUGGAGUCCUACAUUCACCGUUCAGGGCGGACAGGCAGAGCUGGAAGGACAGGGGUUUGCAUCUGCUUUUAUCAGCACAAGGAAGAGUACCAGUUAGUGCAAGUGGAGCAGAAAGCGGGAAUUAAAUUUAAGCGGGUAGGUGUUCCUUCUGCAACAGAAAUAAUAAAGGCCUCCAGCAAAGAUGCCAUCAGGCUUUUGGAUUCUGUGCCUCCCACCGCCAUCAGUCACUUCAAGCAGUCAGCUGAAAAGCUGAUUGAGGAGAAGGGGGCUGUAGAGGCCCUGGCAGCCGCGCUGGCCCACAUUUCAGGGGCCACAUCGGUCGACCAGCGCUCCUUGAUCAACUCACAAGCGGGCUUUGUCACCAUGAUCCUACAGUGCUCGAUCGAGAUGCCUAACAUUAGCUACGCUUGGAAAGAACUCAAGGAGCAGCUGGGUGAAGGCAUUGAUGCCAAAGUGAGGGGGAUGGUCUUCCUCAAAGGAAAACUGGGAGUCUGUUUUGAUGUCCGCACUGAAGCAGUCACAGAAAUACAGGAGAAGUGGCAUGAUUCAAGACGCUGGCAGCUCAGUGUGGCCACGGAGCAGCCAGAGCUGGAAGGACCCGUGGAUGGAUAUCGAGGUGGCAGGGGUCAGCGUGAUGGCAACCGCGGUGCAUUCAGAGGACAGCGGGGUGGAAGCAGGAACUUCAGGGGGCAGGGGCAGCGAGGAGGAAAUAGAAACUUCAGAGGACAGCGAUCCGGAGGUGGCAACAAAGGCCAGAAGCGGAGUUUUAGUAAAGCGUUUGGUCAGUGAGUAGAGGCUAGAAGGAACUGUUGACACUGUGGACCCCAAUGCCCUUCCCCCUGUCAAAGUCCCCAGUGCUUCCUUUUGAUCAUUUGCUCAGCCCCCAUUCCUUGUAGAGAGAUGGGCUCUGGACUGUUUGAUCUAACAUGAGCUUUCUUCAUAGGAACCCAGUUCAUCAUUUUCCAACAUAGUGUCUAAUUUUACAAAGUAAGGUCGGCCGUGGAUCUGUCUAUCCUUAUGUGUGGACUUUGCAGGUUCAUCUUUGUGUGCGCGCGCGCACUGGGGCCUGAUCUCAGAACCUCAAGUGCUGAGUGUGUACACAUCCUACAACUAAACUCCAUCUCUACUCCCCAGAAUAUCUCUCAGUAACGUCCUCCAAAGAAAAUCCCUAAGGGAUGACUGCCUCCAGUCUCUGGAGGACCAUACAUCAAGGAUUUUUUUCCCGUGAUACUUGGCCUCCUGGCCUGUUGACAAACAGUCGCUAGUGUCUGUAUGUGUGUGCUGAGGUUUGAUGCUGAACAAUGCUUUUCAGUGCCUAUCAGACUUAUUAGCUGAUUUGAACAGUUUGUGGUAAACUCUGGAUGUGGAGGGUGGAACGCAGACAAGUAUAGAUCUCUUCAUAGUGUCUCCACAUACUCUUGUUUCUCAGCAGAAGGUGACGUGUGUUCUGGUGAAUUCUCCAUAGUGUAUAUAGAAGUACAUUUUUAUAGGAGCCAGUGUCUUUAAAGUUAGGUUCCAAAUGUCUGAAGUUUUUUUCAUCAGUAAUAAGACUAGAUACAUGGUAUUUAAGUGAUUGUGCCCUUCUUUUAGAAGAUUAAUUUGCCAGGAAGUAAUUAAGGGAAGAGGGCUCAGUUGUUAUUGCUGAAGAACUUUUCAGGUCUGGUGGUGGUAGCACAUGCCUUUAAAUCCUAGCACUAGGGAGGCAGAGAGGCAGGCGGAUCUCUGAGUUCAAGGCCAGCCUGGUCUAGAGUGAGUUCCGGACAGCCUCAAAGCUACAAAGAGAAACCCUGUCUCAAAAACAAAACAAAAAAAUGUUUCCAAAAAGCCACAAUAAAGGAAUCUCUUCAUCUUCACAAGUGAGGAAGCAGGAGGAAGCUUGCUUUAAAUGGUGACCACUCUUGAGUCAUGACUCUUCAAGGAACUGUAUCUACUGGUGGGCAAUCUGAGGCUUUUAGGGGGCAGAGUGGGACAGUUUUCUCAGUGGCCUGGAUCUUAAGCCACAGCAUAAGAUCUGUUUCUGUUAGGCUGCUUCACUAUUGAAAAGUUAUCACCAGGGGCUGGAGAGAUGGCUCAGAGGUUAAGAGCACUGACUGCUCUUCCAAAGGUCCUGAGUUCAAUUCCCAGCAACCACAUGGUGGCUCACAACCAUCUGUAAUGGUGUCUGGUGCCCUCUUCUGGCCUGCAGACAUACACGCAGACAGAAUAUUUUAUACAUAAUAAAGAAUUUUAUUUUUAAAAAAAAGAAAAGUUAUCACCAUUUAGAGAAUUCCAAAUCAAGCAGUACCAUUGAAGUUGUUGCUUUGCGGGAACUGAAGAACUCAGCACCCGGCCCAGCAAUAACUGACCCAGUUCUCCGCGGUUCUUUCUCGGGGUUGGGGAACUAUCCCACCUAGCAUAGAAGUCCAAGUGGUAGAUCCUCAUGCCUUCCUGGAGAUUCUCUACAGGGAAUCGUAGGACAGACUCAGAAAGAAAACCAGAAUCACAUGCUCUGUCUUGUUUCCUCCAGUUGUUUAGAUCAGCUAAGAUCGUCAGGCUCAUCCUCUGAUGUCAGUGUGAGCGGUGCCUCUGGCCUAGCACCACAGGGCUCUGAUCACCGCAACAGCUUCAGAAAUAGUUUUCCACUCUGACCAGAUGGUUGUUGUCCUCUGUGCUUGAAAUUCUUUGGAAUUUUUUCUUUGUUGAUGACUAUGGCUUAUAUAAGUUUUGGUUUUGCCCAACCACUGGGCAUGCUUUAGUGAAACCUUUCACUAUUAGGAUAAGAAUUUGUGCUGUAGCAAGCUGAUGGCAGAACAUGCUGGCCUUUCAGGGGAAGAGGCUAAAACCUGGUUUUAGCCUAUGGAAAAAUGAUCUGCCAUAAAUCAAACAAUGAAGGGAAAGCUAUAUAGUACACACUGUAAGUAAAGCAUAGGUCUCUGAACAAAUGAAGAUAGGUUUCGUCUGUAUCCCAGAAUCUAAACAAUAUUUAUAUGUAUAAUUUAGCUGUUGUUUGGUUUAAAUGGGCUUUAUUGGGAAAUGUUAUCAUUUUUACUAUUUUCUACAGAGAAAAUAUUUUCCAGUUUCAGAUAACUCUGGAUUUUGAAUUAUACCUGUUUUUCUGUUCAGGCUGUCUGUGUAUUGUACAUAAACUGUUUGUACCUUCAGAUGACUCACUGUAUAAAGUACUGCAUUAUGCCGUAAUAAAGAUACUAAUGCUUUAUA